CAAUUUAAACAGUGUGCGACAUUUCGAAUCGUAAUCGAUUUCAGACAAUCGUACAACCACUGAACCGGUGGCAACGUGAGCGUGGGUUCCCUCGUUCCCAGCAUAAUUGGUAAGUUAGGAAUAAGGUUUCCAGGUUGUUACUGCUACUGAUGACAAUCGUAAUCACAUAUAUCAGCAAUGCAUCAGCUAAGCGCAUCCAGUCGCAACGACAAGAUUAGGUAUGACCCACCUGAGUGGGCGAUAUAUAAAACGAAUCAUACCAAUCGAUCCCCCGGUCAGUUACAGUUCCAAUAGUGAUCAAGCAUGUGCAUUGAUUGACAGCCCCACAAUGAAGCUUCGUCUUCUCUUGAUACUUUACGUUGCACUUCUGUGUGAUCAGUGUGAAUGUUCACUGCUGAAAAGGUCCCUAAGACAAUUGAUGAAAGAGUCAAAGGAAUUGUUGAAAACGUGCGAAUCGAAGAGUGAUUUUAGCUGGAAUUGCUUGAAGCAAGUGAGUCUGAAAGCCGUCGAUGACUUCGCUCGCAGUGUAAAGAUUCCACUAGUGAGAGGUGUUUGCUUAGUGCACGUGAAUAACGUCAACGACACAUACGCGGAAGCGGAUGAUGGGGAUGAUGCUGGUGAACGACGGGAUAGCUUGCUCGGAAGUGAUGACUCGACGACAAAUCGCACCCGCAGUGGAUUGAAUGUGGAACCUAACGCUCGAAGCGAUACUGGGAAAACGUGGCAAAUGCAUGUUCUGAGAGCAUUGGAUCGUAUGCUCCGUACGCACGUGUUGCAAAUCGAGUUACCGCACCCUUCCCGCCAUAUGAAACGAUGGGCAAAUAGUGAUAAAAAUAUCUGGCGGCGGCGGAUGGACAAUUCGUACAUCGUGGAAGGGCGCCAUCGUCGUCACCGCCAGCAGAUGAUACCGAUGAUGAUUUUCGGAGUGACAAUUUUUGGCAUGUUCGUCGUGCCAAUCGGAUUCCAAUUUCUGGCCGCUCUCAGCGGAAAAGCGUUUCUUAUGGCGAAACUCGCACUCCUGCUGGCUUCCAUAAACGGGCUUAAAAGGGUAGGUUUAACGUAGCGUCCACCGGCGUACAUUACGGGUUGUAUCACACUGUCGAUCAGCACCCUUAUCGCCAUUCGCCGGCUAUGUUUUACGACCGCGAAUCCGAAUUUGGCCCUCGCAAUUUGCCACCGGUAGAAUAGCAGUUAGACUUCAAGCGUAGAGUAGGACGUAUUCAUAGUAGAUUUUUUGGUUCAUCAAGUUCAUCGUCCCAGGAUCAGGAAGAACAGCAACAGUCAACAACCCCGUCCGAACCGACUCCGGCUCCCGAGUUGUACCAGUUGUGGGGUGGCGGGGGUCAUUCAACGCCGGAUGUUCCAUCACAGCUACCACCAUUGCCACCGCCCUAUCCGUAUCUUCAUCACCCUGGAUAUCCGCCGGUUCCCUUCAAUCAGUUUCUUUUUCCCACGCACACGAAUCUUCCAAUACCACUGCCACCACCGCCACCACCAGUAUGGACACCACUGACGCAGUAUUUGGCGUUCACGACCAAUGCGAUGGCAACGAGCUUCCAGAUGUACAUGAACUUUGUGAGGAGUAUCUACGCCGGCUGUCGUUAUUUUAUGUCCGAACUGUUUUGGAACAAUGUUCAGGUACUUGCGCCGUAUUUUAUGCCCCACUGGAUGGCAAGAUGGCUGGACGGAGGGCCACCCAGCUCACCGGGAGGUCCUCCACUUUCGUCUGCUCCGUUCCAAGCUCAGUUAAAGCCGUAUCCGGGAUUUGCGUACCGUUGAGUUGCAUAAACAGGAAAAUCAAACAAAGCUAGUUGAAAAUUCUAAUAUUUAUUCGUUAUUUAUACAGUAGCAUUUAUUAUUGGAUUGUGAUUGUAGACCGUAGUGCCAACAAAGAUUCUUCUAUGUUUAUUAUUGAUAGGUUGCAAUCCUAGUAUUUGUUUCUUGAAAACGAUAUAUUUAUCAGAUCCAAAAAUAGGGAAUACAUGUUUUCAAACUCCUGGAAACUAAUUUAAAGGAAAUUAUAAUAGCGAGUAUAGUUUGAAAACCACAUGUUUAAGUGAAAAUAAAUGCUUUAUUUAAAAAAAAAACUGAAAAUAGAAGAUGCCCGAUGCAUUGUUUGUCGAUUUUUACAAUGUUCUGUCCAACGAGGUUCUGUGGGUCCUCUCACAAUAUAUCAUCAUUUGAAUUAUUAGUCAAUGUUUUGAAACACUUUUGACGAAGGACUACUUAUAACC